AUGAAGGCUUUUCACUGGAUCCUCCUGUACUGCGCUGCACCCCUGCUGUCUGAUGUACAGGCCACAUACCACCUCAUGGCAGGGGAUCCCGAGCUAAUGGCUGCUCAGAGUUACGCUCAAACCAGAAAUAACGUGCGCCCACCGCUCAGGACCCUGAAUCCAGCAAAGACAGACUCUCAGUGCAGAAGCCGUUCCCUGGACCUGGUCUUCAUCAUUGACAGCUCUCGCAGCGUGCGUCGAGGAGAGUUUGAGAAGGUUAAAAUCUUUCUGGCCAACAUGGUCGACACCCUCGAAGUGAGCUCAGAUUCCACCAGGGUGGCUGUGGUCAACUACGCCAGCACGGUCAAGACAGAGUUCCUGCUCAAAGACUAUUUUAGCAAACUAGACUUGAAGAAAGCCAUCUCCCGCAUUGAGCCCUUGGCGACUGGCACCAUGACCGGCCUCGCCAUCAAAACUGCAGUGAAUGAAGCUUUCACCGAGCAGUCUGGAGCCCGGCCUCGUUCUAGGAAUAUCUCCAAGGUGGCCAUCAUCGUGACAGACGGGAGACCUCAAGACCAGGUGGAAGAAGUGUCUGCUGCAGCCCGGGGAAAAGGUAUCGAGAUCUACGCUGUCGGGGUGGACCGUGCGGACAUGCGAUCCCUGCAGCUGAUGGCCAGCACCCCUCUGGAGGACCACGUCUUCUACGUGGAGACCUACGGCGUCAUCGAGAAGCUCACGUCCAAGUUCAGAGAGACCCUGUGCGGUGUGGACCCCUGCUCCAUGGGACACGACUGCGAACACAUUUGUGUCAACAGCAACGCCUCGUAUUACUGCAAGUGCCGGAAAGGUUAUAUCUUGAAUGCGGACAAGAAAACAUGUUCCCUGAAACAGGUGAAAGUCGAGGUGGUGGAGGAUCCCUGCAAAUGCGAGGCUAGACUGGCUUUCCAGAAGCAGACGCAGGCAGCCAUCCAACAGCUCACAGCCAAGCUUGCUGACGUGACUGGGAGAAUAGAGCGUCUUGAGAACAUGGUGGGCCGUGCCUGA